AUGACCCAGACAAAUCAGACAGCUAUAAAGUAUUUUAUUAUUAAGGGUAUUUCAGAGAUUCCAGAACUGCAGACUCUGAUGUUUUUUCUGGUUCUAGUGAUUUACCUUAUUACAGUUGGAGGAAACCUGGCUAUUCUUCUUCUCGCAUGUCUAGAUGUUCACCUACACACGCCUAUGUAUUUUUUCCUAGGUAACUUGUCAAUUUUAGAUGUGUUUUGCUUGACCAUAACCCUUCAUAAAAUACUUAUAAGCUUCAUAUCAGGCAAUAAAACUGUUCCAUUUACAGGAUGUAUGUCACAAAUGUAUAUAUUUUCAUCCCUGACUUGUAGUGAGCUGUUAAUACUGACGGCUAUGAGUUAUGAUCGUUAUGUUGCUAUAUGUAACCCAUUUCAUUACCAUAUGGCCAUGAACAGUAGAGUUUGCAUUCUCUUGGCAGUCGCAUGUUGGAUAUUGGGGUUCGUUGAGGUUAUACCUCAUAUGUGGGCAAUUUCACACUUCUCUUGCUACAAAUCCAAUGAGAUUAAUCAUUACUUCUGUGAUAUUUUGCCUAUUAUGAAACUAACUUGCAGUGAUACUACUGUCUUAAAGUUGAUCAUCUUUGUCGAGGGACUUCUUCUUGUAAGUUUUCCACCAUUUCUACUCACCUUUGUAUCUUAUGUUUUUAUUAUUAUGUCAAUCUUGAAGAUCCGUACCAGUAGUGGAAGAAAAAAAGCCUUCUACACGUGUUCCUCUCACCUCACGGUGGUCGGUGUUCUUUACUUAAGUUUGGUUUGCCAAUACCUGAGACCAACCUCAACAGACACACUGGAUUCCAACAAACUCUUCUCUCUCUUUAACACAGCAGCAGUCCCAGUCCUAAAUCCCUUUAUCUACAGCUUGAAGAAUAAAGAUGUCAAGUCUGCUGUGAAAAGACAACUGAGAUGGUUUAAAGUCUUUCAUUGA